UCGAAUUAAUCUCAUCCAAGCACCAUUUAUACUCAGUUUUGGCCGGACGUCAAGAUAAAAUGAUAACAAAUCUCCCUCUUUUUUUCCAGAAUAAAAAUCUAUAAUAUAUGUCACCUCUUUACCACAUCGAUCAAUUUUCCAAUCAUGACGAUCAAAAGGUGGUUUAUAUCUAAAUAAAUAAUUUCAUUUAAGUCCUGAAUCUAUACAAAUUUACCCCAAAUAUUUUAACCAUCUUGCUUUAGGACUCAUUUUAGAUGAUUUUCCUUCAAAUUCUACCAAUUUGGGUCCACCGCACCUAUAAAAAUUAAUAUUUAUAAAAAUACUCUUUUCCAAAUAAAAAUAUUGACAUUUCGCUUCCCCAUCCUUUCUCCCAACUUAAAAUUUCUCUCCAAACCUGUUCAUUUACUGCAUUAUGGAUUGGAACAAUAAAUUGCAUUUCAUUUAUCCGAGGAUUCCAGUUUUUUCGCCGCAUCGCCUGAAAGAACAUACGUUCUGAAGGAUAUAUCCAGUAUUCUCCUUCUUUUCCAUUUGCCUUAGGAAUAGAUGAUAUUUCCCUUUUGUUUGAUAAACCUUGUAGAUUUUGAUCAAAAGAAUCCAGUUUUUUUGGGCUUAAAUCUCCGGAAUUCUUAUUUAUAGAAGAAACAGGGCAUCUUAUAUGAUUGUUCUUUGAAUCAGAAGAUUUGCUUGAUGCUUGAGAAGGCUCAAGCAUUAGAAGGUUAUUAAUGAGGGAAUAAGAGGGUAAGAUUGGGGGAAAUAAUGCACAAAAAAUCAGUUAAGGCACCUGUGAAUAUUGCAGUUAUUAAGUAUUGGGGAAAAAGAGAUAAAGAAUUAAAUCUUCCUAUGAAUGGAUCAUUGUCAGUUACUCUGUCAAUAUCUAAACUAUAUACGUUGACUAGUGUUGCAUGCUGUAGAGAGUUUGAAAAGGAUAGAUUUUGGCUAAAUGGAAAAGAAGAAAAAGAUUUAAGUGAGAGGAUGAAAACAUGUCUUUCAUUACUUCGAUCAUUGAGAUAUUCAAAAGAAAGUAAAGAUUCCAAAUUAGAAAGAUUAAGUGAACAAUAUCUUCAUAUUGUUUCGGAGAAUAAUUUUCCUACUGCAGCGGGAUUAGCAUCGUCAGCAUCAGGAUAUGCAGCACUUAUUAAAGGGAUUGCAGAAUUAUAUGAACUUGAUCAGUCUUCAGAAGAAUUAUCAUGUAUUGCUCGUCAAGGUUCUGGAUCAGCAUGUCGUUCUUUGAUGGGUGGUUUUGUAUUAUGGAAAAUGGGUGUUUUGAAAGAUGGAUCGGAUUCGUUUGCAGAGCAAAUAGCUUCUAAAUCACAAUGGGAAGAUCUACGUAUUCUUAUUAUUAUUGUUUCUUCUUCUUCAAAAAAAGUUUCUUCUACAAAAGGUAUGCAAGCAACAGUAUUAACGUCUAAUUUAUUUCAAUAUCGAAUCAAACAUGUGGAUUUUUAUAUAAAAAAAAUGGAAAAUGCAAUUAAGCAUAAAGAUUUUGAAUCAUUUGCGCAAUUAACAAUGAAAGAUUCAAAUCAAUUUCACGCUACAUGUCUUGAUACUUUUCCUCCUGUUUUUUAUUUAAAUGAUAUUUCAACAUCUCUUAUUCAAUUGGUACAUGAAAUUAAUCGUCUUUCUAAAAAGACUAUUGCUGCGUAUACAUUUGAUGCGGGUCCUAAUGCUGUUAUAUAUUUUCUUAAGGAAAAUGAAGAUUUAUUAUUAGGAACGUUACAUGAUUGUUUGUCUACUGUUGAUGGUUGGUCAUAUAAAUACAAUGAUAUUAAACUCAACAUUUCUAAUGAUUAUUUUUUUCCAAUUUAUGGAAAAGUCAAUAAAGUAAUUAUAACAGAAAUCGGUGAUGGUACUGUACAAACUUCCGAAAGUUUAAUAGAUUCUAAUGGAUAUCCAAUUUACAAUUGA